AUGGCUUAUGAAACUGACACUUGGGACUCCAUAACCCUUGAUGCCGGGGCCCAGCUGCUCAUGAAAGAACUCAAUUACCCUAAGGAGAGGGCUUACCAGGUGGUCAAAAAGUUCGACCACAACAAAGAUGGUAAACUCUCAGGAAAGGAGAUCAUAAAUUUCAAGAAUAACAUUCAGGAGACAUGGGUCUUGAGAUCCUCUCUGAACUUCGCAAGUGAUGGAGAAGUAGUCAGAGAAGUAGGUAGAGAGUUUCAGAGAAAAGGACCAGAAAAAGCAAAAGCAGAUUUGGCAAAAAAUAAGAGGACCAUCCUGCCGAAGUUCAAGGAAUACGACAAAGACAACAACGGUUACGUGACGUUGAACGAGGCUUCCAAGGUCCUCUCCCAGAAACCUUUCAACUUCCCAUCCUCCAAAAUACUUACCCUGCUGCACAAGUUCGAUAAAGACGGAAAUGGAAAGUUGGACAUAGAAGAGUUCGCUGAUUUCUAUGCAGACGCAAAGGCCUUCAACGAGGAGAUAUCAGACCACUUCAGCAGAUUGGAUGUGGAUAGGAAUGGUCUUCUAAACGUGCAAGAAGUCAAAAAUGUUUGUACUAUUUUCUUCAAUCCAACUUAG